AUGACAGUGGACGAUCCGGUGGAUGCGCUUAUCCUCCAGCUCCCUGAUGAACUCCAAAUCAAGAUCCUUGGUUACUUACCACCUACGGAACGACUAAGGGCAGCAGGGGUUUGUCAAAAAUGGAAGCUGUUGGCGUUUGAUGGGACCUUAUGGGCGAAGAUUGAUGCGAGACCCUUUUAUCGAGUCAUUCCAUCCGAACAAUUGCUUCACUUGGGUAUGGCAGCCGGCAGGUUUUUGCGAGAAGCCAACUUUAGAGGUUGUCUUCAGCUGACAGGGCACGGGCUACGUACCUUAUCCAAUUAUUGUCCAAAUAUACACAACCUGCAGUUGCGUGAUUGUCGUAGUUUAUCCACCCAUAGCAUUGCCUGUUUCCUUCAUUCAGCGACACAGCUUCAUGCCCUCGAUUUAUCAUGCCUCGAUACCGUCACCAAUACAACGCUUAUCAAUUCAGUGGCUCAACUACCUUUGCUUGAACGACUCAAUAUUGCUUGGUGCCGUAAUGUUUCGGGACAUGGUGUACAAGCCGUAGCUCGUUCGUGUGUGCACUUGACGAUCUUGAUUCUUAAUGGAUGUUCACAACUCGAUGAAACCACCAUGGCCACGUUGGGAAGCUGCCUAACCCAUAUUCAACAUUUAAGCGUGGCAUCAUGUAUCAGCCUCACGGACCAAGCGUUGCUUGCAUUCCUGCAAAAUGAAUUGCCGCAUCUAUCCCAUCUCAAUGUAUCCCAAUGUGCAAGGUUAUCGGAUGCAUCUUUGAGGCAUAUUGCUUUGCAUACCACACCACAGCUUUCAAAAUUAGAGCUUGCAGGCUGUGUGUUGUUGACCGAUCAGGGCUUUUGUUUCUUAGCACCUCGUGUAACAUCAUUGGUGCAUUUGGAUCUCGAGGACCUGCAGCAAAUUACUGGCACCACGGUGAAAGCAUUGGCUAAUAAUGAACCUCGUUUGCAACAUUUUGGUCUUGCCAACUGUACUCACAUUGCUGAUGAUGCCAUUAUCCACCUUGUUCUUUAUGGUGUGUGUCGUCACUUGUCUCAUCUUGAGCUUGAUAACUCAAUGAUCACGGAUCGAGCCCUUCACACCAUUGCCAUGUCCCUUCGUGAAAGAAACGAUAAUAAUAGGACGACGCUACACAUUCAAGUAUUGGAUUGUGCCAAUGUAUCUGAAGAAGGCAUUAAAUCAGCCAUGUCUACAGCAGGAGCUGUGUUAUUCAUCAAGAGCUUUUAUUCAUGGCAAGAUAUCGUUAUACAAGAUGAUGAUGAUGAAGAUAACGAAGAGCAAGGUAUUAUGGCAAGACGAAGAUCUCGACGACGUACAUACAACACAAUCGGUCAUCAACGAAGACGACCUGAUGCUGUAGGACAUCCCAAUACGAUUAAUUGCAUCAUUCUAUGA